AUGCCGAACCCCAGUAGCGAAGAGAGGAGCCUGUUAGACCGGCUCAAGGCACUGAACCCUUCUACGGCAAUUAGCUUACCAGACCGAUUGCGAAGCCAGCCAGGAACAGACCUCGCGGGCCGGCUAAGACAGCUUCGAGAGCAAACCGAGAGCGAUUCUGCGAGAGAAGCUCCAUCUUCCCCACAGCAACCACGCGAAACUCAGACGAGUGCACUGCCACAACCACAAAGUUAUAGCGCUAAAACGGCGGGGUCAAUCCCGCCACCCGACAGUGCUGCGCCAUCCUGGUCUAACGGCUUGGCCGAUGACGAUGGGAUCUUGCAAACGGAUGAUGAUUUUCUAGAAGAUCUCCUAAACGAGGAGGCUGCGCUCGGUCACCAGCUGUCUCUGGACACUAGAGCGGAGCUGGAUAGCCUCCAUGAACUUGCACGGCAAUUUUCCCUGCUCACGGCGGCCGGGAACAAAGAAACCAAACAGAAAGGUGAUGAUGACGAUGAUUCAAAUGGGGACGAAAUGACCCGAGAGGUUGAGGAAAUUGUUUCCAAGGCUGUGACAGAGACAAAACUUGCAUUGGAGCCGAAAGGUGAUGACCCGAACCUAAUUGCAGUUGUCGGAACCGAACUCGACACAGCUGGUGAUGACACCGCCCUAAGCUCAAAGGAUGGGGAGCAACCCGAGCUCUCACUCCCAUCUGUUCCCACCGAUAUGCCUUCCCCGACUGCCUCGCCAUCUGCUAAGUCGGCAGUCCCUAUGACAGGUGAUUUUGAAGAUGACAUGGCUCGUCGCAUGGCUGCCCUGAGAAACUUCAAACUGUCCAUUGGAGGACAAGACGAGGAAUCUAACCCACUUGGCCUCCCAUCGGUUCCCACAUUCCAGCCCUCUGAAGUCGAGAAGCGAAAGGCGGGUCCAGGUGGCCGUGUGGGGUUCACCGACGAUGACAUGAAAACCUGGUGUGUGGUAUGCCUUGAGGACGGUACUCUCAUUUGUCCUGAGUGCGACGACGAUGUUUACUGCUCUCAAUGCUGGUUCGACAUGCAUAAGGGCCCCGCCGCUGGAUUUGCAGAGCAGAGCCACCGAGCGCUACAGUUCAACAAGGAUCAGAAGAAGAAGAAAGUGGCUAUUGGUGCUUGA